CCCAGUACACCUCAGCAUCCCCAAGGGCUUGACCGCCCGCGGACGCACAGCUCUCGGGACAGAGCUCAGAUCACGGAAAGAGAGGAGGGGACGCCGCGGCCCGCUGGACAAGUCAUCGAUCCCCCGUCGAAAUGUCGCGCUCCUUCUACGUGGACUCGCUCAUCAUCAAGGACUCCUCGCGGCCCGCACCCUCGCUGCCGGAAUCGCACCCAGGUCCGGAUUUCUUCAUCCCGCUGGGCAUGCCGUCCCCGUUGGUGAUGUCAGUGUCCGGGCCUGGCUGUCCGUCCCGCAAAAGCGGCGCUUUCUGCGUGUGCCCGCUUUGCGUCACCUCGCACCUGCACUCCUCUCGCCCGCCCGCUGGAGCCGGUGGCGGAGCUACGGGGACCGCAGGGGCUGCGGUGGCGGGCGGCGGGGUGGCUGGAGGCACGGGCGCCCUACCUUUGCUUAAGAGCCAGUUCUCUCCCGGUCCUGGGGACGCGCAGUUUUGCCCACGGGUGAGCCACGCACACCAUCACCACCACGCGCCCCAACAUCACCAUCACCACCAUCAGCCCCAGCAGCCCGGCUCGGCUGCAGCGGCUGCGGCUGCGGCGGCUGCGGCUGCGGCGGCAGCGGCGGCCCUGGGACACCCGCAGCACCAUGCACCUGUCUGCGCCGCCACAACCUACAACGUGUCCGACCCGCGGAGAUUCCACUGCCUCACCAUGGGAGGCUCAGAUACCAGCCAGGUACCCAAUGGCAAAAGGAUGAGGACCGCAUUUACCAGCACGCAGCUCCUGGAGCUGGAGCGAGAAUUCUCUUCCAAUAUGUACCUGUCCCGACUCCGGAGAAUCGAGAUCGCGACGUACCUGAACCUGUCAGAGAAGCAGGUGAAAAUCUGGUUUCAGAACCGUCGCGUGAAGCACAAGAAGGAGGGGAAAGGCGCUUCGAGAAACAAUCACGCAAGCUGCAAGUGCGUGGGUAGCCAGGCUCACUACGCGCGCUCAGAGGACGAGGACUCCUUGUCCCCAGCCUCGGCUAACGAAGACAAGGAGAUUUCCCCCUUGUAA